AUGUUUUAUUUCACAUGCAUCGAAACAAGGAGCGUUGAUAAAAGCUCCUUGAUCGAAAGCAAGGUAAAAUACGUGUCUUACACGGGGCCAUUCACAAUGAACUUACUUGAAAUAUAUUGACAUUGUUAAUUCCUUGUUGAGCACAGUUACCCUUCAUCAGGUGAAAAAAUCCCAACAACCUCUAAACAUACAGUCUUUUUAUGACAAUUACUAAACGUAGUUAGUCACGCACCGCUAAAGAAGCAAUUUCCCGCUGACAUUUCCGCCCGGUCGACCGCACAACUCAGAACCCAGGACUGUGUACCUCCGCCCUAUCCCGCGACUAUCAAACUUUGCCUGCUAAUGUCUUUAGUUACAAAAAUACUUUCACCAAUAUGAAGUUUGAGAUCAGUUGGGGUCAGCAUGGAAUUUCUCGCCGCUAAAACACCCGUCCAUGCAGCUGUUUACUUUUUGUGUCGGAACUCUAUUACACUGGUAGUAAUAUAUCAAAAAGACCUUAAGAAAUAAAAACGUUAGUGCUGUAUCUUUCAGGUAACAAAUAGUAUGAAUUUCAUAUAAGAUAAAUAUUUGAUAUAAAACAACAGAUGGGCAAAACAAGCUUAAGACGGAACCACACAUCUGCUUGAAGUUUACGAAGGUGCCAAUCAUUGCAGACGUCACGACGUACCACUGCUCUGUCACGUGCCAACAACCCGCCCCAACUUGUGAUUAUACAUCAUGUUUUCUUCGAAUAAUAAGUAAUUGUCUGGAGAGGAAAAAGUAGCUGGAACACACCUUUCGGGCAGGUGUUUUUGCUACCUGCGAUUGUUUCAUUAUUUCGCAAUGACCGCGGUCUUAAAUACGGGAUAGACAAACUCUAUUCUCAACUGCAAGAUGGCUUCUUUCCGUACGCGAGUGUUCCGCGCUUUGCCUUUGGUUGUUUUCGUGUGGCUGGCCGCCAUGGUCGGGCUGGGUCUGCCGUUGUCUUGCCCAGACCGGUGCAAUUGUGAGCCGGAGGCGGCAGAUUGUAGCGGCAAGGGUCUCACCGGAAUCCCCGAGGGCUUCGCAGAGUCCACACAGACCGUGGACCUGUCCCGUAACAAGAUCAGCCGCAUACGGAAAGGGAACUUCAUGGGGAUGGAUCACCUUGUGUCCAUUUCGCUGUCAAAACAGGAACGUCUGAUCGCUCUGACAUCGAAAGGCACUUUCCAGGGACUGUCCGACCUAAGGAUGCUAAAUCUGUCUGCCAAUAAGCUGAACGACAUUUCAGUCGGCGUGUUUGACGGCUUGGAGAACCUGCGUACACUGUACCUGAAUGACAACAGUCUCCGCCAUCUGAAGCCUGGCCUGUUCGUGCCGCUCAAGAAGCUACAGGAAAUAUCCCUGGAGAACAACCACAUGGCCACCCUAACGGAGGACGUCUUCACCAAGCCGCUCGGAGGUCAACUGCUCAUGUUUUUGAAAGGGAACGAGUGGGUGUGCGACUGCGCCAUCAAGUGGCUGCUGUCGCACACUGCAGCUGGCGGGCUGUCCCAGACGGCCUACUGCGUGGAACCUCCGCAGUUCCGCGGGAAGGAGAUGAACAGCCACCUCCAUGCCAUCGUCAAAUGUGACGAGAACGGGCAGCUGCUCCAGGAAGGCAGCGUGUUUGAGAUGUACGACAUGCGGCUGGUUCUGGUGUCUGCAGCCGGAGCUGGGAUCAGCGUGUUGGGCGGGGUCCUGUUCUGGGUGCGCCUGCGCAGAAGAAAGAAGUCUAUGACCCAAAUGGGACUGCUGCCUCCCGAGGCGUCGUGUCUGGACGUGCUGCCAUUCGUGUGCUGCGGGCCCACCCUCCCUGCCGACGUGCAGAUGCAGCUGUCAACCACCCUCCGCAAUGGUGUUCCGUGCGCAAGGAACGACUACGCCAUGAACCCAUUGGAAAAACAGUCCAAGUUGGACUCCGUCAACUGCCUCAGAGCCAAAAACCUGGGUCUAGACGACAGCUUCAUCGAGCAGCUGCAAGGUGUGUUCUUGGACGAGCGCCUGCUGAACUUGCACAACCAGCCGCUGGGCGAGGGCUCCUUCGGACGGGUUCUGAAGGGAGAGCUCAAUCUGCCGGGAAACGACAAGAUCCCCAUCGCUAUCAAGACCAGCAAAGAUUUCCGCACCACUCCUGACCUGGAGAAGUUCCUAAGUGAGGGUCUGGUCAUGCGCCACUUUAAACACCCCAACAUCAUGAACCUACUGGGGGUGUGCAUGCGUGAUGACGCGUCACCGCUCGUGGUGCUCCCGCUCAUGGACAAGGGCGACCUGCUGUCCGUCCUGGUCAAGUCACGGAAGAAGACAGAGGACGGCAAAGUCAAGGCCGAAAGUGAGUUCAAGCUGGACGAGUUGCUGUACUUCGCCUAUCAGGUCGCCUGUGGCAUGGAAUACCUGGCGGCACUGCAGUUCGUGCACAGGGACCUGGCUGCCAGGAACUGCAUGGUGAACAGCCAGAGGAACGUGAAGGUGGCGGAUUUCGGCUUCCUGAUCGAGAUCCCCCCGGAGAAGGAGGUGGUGACCGAGCGGGGCAUGGGCCGCGUGCCCAUCAAGUGGAUGUCCGUGGAGAGCAUCGUCAGUGGAACCUUCUCCAUGAAGUCUGACGUGUGGAGUUUUGGCGUGGUUCUGUGGGAGAUCAUCACGGCCGGAGCCCCUCCCUACGGCAGACUCAGCAACAAGGACACCAUGGUGCAGGUCAAGAACGGCUACCGUCUGCCCAAACCUCAGCACUGCCCCAGUGAACUAUAUGACAUCAUGCGGAGCUGCUGGCUGAAAGACGCCUCGGGAAGGACGGACUUUGAGAGCCUGGUGAAGAGACUGGAGCUGAUGCUCAACAAGUUCACCACAAAGGACGCACCCCCUCCCAAUUCACAGGGCGGUCCUCCCCCUCUCCCUCCUCCCAAUGGAAAUGCACAGGGCGGCCCUCCACCCCUUCCCCCUCCCAACGCACAGGGCGGUCCUCCCCCUCUUCCCCCUCCCAACGCACAGGGCGGUCCUCCCCCUCUCCCCCCUCCCAACGCGAAGGGCGGUCCUCCCCCAAACGCAAAGGGCGGUCCUCCCCCAAACGCAAGGUGCGGUCCUCCUCCAAACGCAAAGGGCGGCCCUCCCCCAAACGCGAGGGGCGGCCCUCCGCCAAACGCAAAGGGCGGCUCCCGUCCCAAAACAAAGGGCGGCCCCAACGAAAAUGGUGGUCCGCCUCCUCUCCCUCCUCCCAACGCAAAAGGUGGUCCUCCUGCAAGCGCAAAGAGCGGCCCUCCUACCCUUCCCCCUCCCAACGCAAAGGGAGCUCCUCCCCCAAACGGAAAUGGCGGUCCUCCUCCACUCCCUCCCCCUAACGCCAACCGUGGGCAGAAGAAAAAGUGAGAGAAUGCUUUGAGGCUUUGAAAGUCUUGCAGAAAGGCACACAUGUCUUUCUUCAAAACUUAAUGCUAGUUCAGCUGUAUUCGUGGGCUAUAGUCGUUCUUUUUACAGAUAGGGUAUUUAGGGAUAUCGAGUCGACGGACGGACGGUAGUUUCAAAUUGUAAUAAGAUGUAUUUUCAAAAUAUUGCCGCUUGAAACCACCGUCCGUCGACUUGAUAAUGAUAUCUCUAAAUACCCUGUUUUUUAAAAACAACGAUAUAGGUUACCCAACGGAUAAAGGUGCUCUGACAACAAACACAAGUACAUUGUAUGAGCUUUGUCUCUAAUACAAAGUAAGCGUUGUGUGGUCUGGAUAUUCAUAUACGAGAUUAGCAAUUAUAGAUGCGCUGGAGUGCUAGGCCGAAUGAAGGUAGCCGUAAAUCCCACUACUAUCUCCCCCGCCCCCUGACCGAAACCUCUGCAUAGAGAAUAGGUUUUACCGAUUGAACAUCACUAACAGGUUUUUCCUUGUCAUUCACAAACAUUGUUUACAGCUUUAAAUCGCACGUGGAAUACAAUUACCUAAUAUCACAUGAUGACAGUCUAUCAAGUCAUGAUACUUUGUAGGGCCUUGAUGUUAAAAUGAUGAGAUGAUGGAAACAGAGCCUGCGAUCUAACCUUCAAAUCUAAAGACAUAGUUGGAACCUUAGUAAUAUUAGUUUUCUAAUGUCAUAAAUAAUAGCAUCAAUUACAUUAUAACAAGUGUCUAUGUGAAUGUACGUAAUAAAUACCAAGGUCCAACUUAACUAAUUGCAUUACCAGGCGUUGUGUAGAGAAAUGAAUUUUACAAAGUAUCACUGUGUUGCAAUUAUUGAUCAAAGAAAAGCUUAACUUUUGACUUUUAUUAUAGUAAUGUGAAUAAUGCUGGUCAACAUAGCAAUGUUUUGGUCAUUGUACCUGCUUUGUUCGAUGGUGAGAAAUUUUAUCAGAAAAAACUGACGUCCCUGUUUUGGUUCACAUUAGCUUUGCUGAACUUGGACUACACAUCCCUAGCUUAACAUUUCAAGUACUCAGUGUAGACUUUUUGGACGGAUAUUUUAUGUCUAUUGCUUUAGCAAUUGUUCCUCGGAUGGUUAUGUUAUCAUGGUCAAUCGUGUGGAUAGUUGCAUAGUAGAAAAUCAACUGCUUGUAUACCUACCAUGUUGGUUUCAUUAUAUGGAUGACAUCCUCUUGUGCGUGCGUGCCGAUAAAAAAUGGCCAAAAAAGUUGCUUUUAUUAUUAAAUCCAAGUGGUCAGGAAUGUUAAACAACUGAUCCAACACACAAUGUGGGAUGCCUUGGUGGAAUACCGAACAAUAGAUUCUUCAUUUUCGAAUUCCUUCUUGCCCAUCGUCUUCUUAGACCUUGGAAUCGACGUUGGCAUUCUGACAUAAGCAUAUGUUUUCCGAUAUUUCUCGUUUAAUCUGUGGCAUAUAUUUUGCAGCUGCUUUGUACGAUUUACAGCAUGGUUGUAAACGUUUUUGGAAAUGCCUAAAAAUUGAUGCGCAUGUGGAUAUCAUGCAUAAUCAAAUUAACAUGGCCUUUCUAAAAAGUUACAAGCAAAGGAAACUUUUGGUACGCCAUGGAACUUCGUGAAAUGUUUAACCAUCUAAACAGGUGGCUUUGAAAGAAGUAACAUGAUAAAAAUGCUGUUAAAGUUUUAAUUGCAAAAUUCUUAUGUUCAAGUAUAUGAUGUAAUGCACCAAAUCAAAUAAAAAAUGUGAAAAAUGAA